CCGCAGGUGCAUUAGAGAAGCAAUCGUCGCCCUUCCCAUUGUAUUGCGGAAACACGACGCCGUCGGCAGAAGGCGACUCGCCGUUGUGACUGUUGCUUUUGAUCGUCUGUUGACGUGCGGCUAGCUUCGUGGGGACUGUUUUGAACUUUUGCAUGGUUGUAUAGCUCCUCGAUUUCUACACCUCGCGCGCCACACGAAGGUGCGCAGGUGCACCUACAACUGUGGGAUCACAAUCCAAACUUGAAAUGCUUUGGAGAUGCCGGCGUUUGUGUUUGCAUAUACAGACGGUGCUGUGAAGAGUACUUCAACUUAGAAGACAAGAAACAACACAGUCCUACCCUCCUUCAGGGAUGAGACCCACGGCUGCAAGUUUAAUAUCAGCAACUACAGCAGAUCCUGGGAACAGAAGUGCUUCAGCGUAUCUGCCGAAUAUUUCCACAAUGCCUACACCAGACCCAAGCGUGGCCUUGACGACCUCAGCCGCUGUACUAAUGCAAAAGACUCUAACUGCAAUUAGCUCCGCUUCAGCCUGUAACACGAGCAGUGAACUUUGUAUGGAGCAUGAAGCGACCAACGUUUCUAAGUCGUCGUUUCUGGAACAAGAUCGGACUGAUUACGACGACUACAGCGAGAUCAAGGUAGUGGAAGAGGUGCUUGCCGUUGCUGUGCCGAUCCUAUUUGGGGUAAUCGCUGUCAUAGGAUUUUUCGGCAACGCCCUCGUGGUCCUUGUGGUGCUUUGUAACCCUCAGAUGAGAUCAACCACCAACAUUCUUAUUAUAAAUCUAGCCAUGGCCGACCUUCUGUUCAUCGUCUUCUGCGUGCCAUUUACAGGUUGGGACUACACUCUCAACUACUGGCCGUUCGGCGACACCUGGUGUAGGAUCGUACAGUACCUCGUGAUCGUAUGUGCUUACGCGAGCAUUUAUACGCUCGUCCUGAUGUCUCUGGACAGGUUCCUCGCUGUAGUUCAUCCGAUAACGUCCAUGACCAUAAGAACAGAGAGGAAUGCAUAUCUGGCCAUUCUGUUCACGUGGGUUCUCAUUCUCCUGGCCUGCAUACCGGCGCUGUACUCUCACGGCAUGAUCAUCGAGGAGGCCUACUCGUCGUGCACUUUCCGCGUCGACAAGGGCUACAACAUAGCAGCCUUCCAGAUAUCCUUCUUUAUGUCUUCCUUCGUCGUUCCGCUGGCCCUCAUCUUCGUCCUCUACGUCCUCAUGCUAAAGCGCCUCUGGCUGGGAGUCGCUACCGGUGGACGAGUGAGUGCGGAAAGCGUUCGCUCCAAGAAGCGCGUCACCCGACUAGUCGUGGUGGUUGUGCUGGUGUUCGCCGUGUGCUGGUGUCCCGUGCACGUCGUGCUGGUGCUCAAGAGUCUAGACCUCUACGGCAGACCAAUGAAUCCUCCCCGCAUUGUCGUGCAGAUUGCGUCGCAGGUGCUCGCUUACACGAACUCGUGCGUGAACCCGUUCUUGUACGCUUUCCUGUCGGACAACUUCCGCCGGAGCUUCCGCAAGGCAAUCUUCUGCUACAGGAAGGCUUCCGGCAGAAGUGUUGGCGGGACCGGGUCGUGUAUGGCGCGCACACGGACGCCAGACGACACGGAACGGACGGAGAGGGAGACAACAGCUACGUGCAUCACGAAGGCGUCAAACAUAUCGAAUGAUAUCUUGUAGUGGUUGCACAUCGUUGCAUUUCCAGGAGACUGCCAUGCACAUGUCAGCCGUAAGAAAUAAAAGCUGCCAUUAGACUUUUGUAGCACUAUGAGAUAGAAGGUCAUUGCAUAAUAUUGGUACAGGAUCGCACAAAGGACACUAACGUACACGUACAUACCAUUUGCGGUGUUGUGGGGAAUAGUUGUGUGUGUCUCACCGCCCGACUCUGGAGCCGCUGGAACAGGUGCCCUUGGCGAGCCGCCGGAAAAGCCUGGACACUGCCCGGCGCAGCCCAGUCUAUUUUCUACAGCAAGUGCAUAAACAUUAUUGUUCCUCUAUGUCCGGGACCAUCAGCUGGACUAUUAUUCGUGGAUUCAUUACGGGAAUAUGGGAACACUUGUCCCGCUGCCAGCUACUGUAAUCCACCAUGAAUGUUGGGGUAUUGAAUUGCCCUCGAAUAACUAAGAAUAGAAAUAUGUUUCACUAAGGCCACGUUACUGUGUCGAGUUUUGCGCUAAGAGAUGAUUAACAUACAUUUGCACAUUGUAAUAAGAGUACUGUGUGAUUUGGUCGCACGCAUUCUCACAAUACGUCGCCACCUCACCUGGGUCAGCAUCUACGCGUGCUAUUUUGAUGCACCCGUAUUCACUACUUUGUAUUUGAUGUGCUAAGAGUGUGUUGUGGCAGAUGAUGAUUCAGCCAGACUAGAAAACGAAGCGCGUGAAUGCAGCCAUGUAAGCAGAUGGCUUGUCCGGAAGACCAAUUGUUCUUACACUGACAUUCAAGAAAACUGGUCGUUGUAUAGAAAGGGCGAAGAUGAAGCUUAAUGUACAAAUAUGAAUGCUGUAGGCUUAAGAAUACUCCUGCCUUCGGUGUUCGAAACAGGGUUGCGAAUACAGAUUUUAGUGUCGUUAUAUUAUGAGAGUUGUGUGAUUUCUGUGUACAUAAAUUGUGGACGAACUAUGUACUUGGCCUCCCAUGCUCUUCGUCAUUAUCCCAGAAUUGGGUAACUGAUACCGUUACCUAACAUAGUACGUUUUCCUGCACGCGUUUUAUGUACUCGCCCGACGUAACGUAAUCACUUUAUAUUACAUUACGGUGCUUUCUUUAUUUGUUCAAAAAACUUUGAAAGUUAUCUUUCGCAAAUUGAACUCGUUAAAGAAAUCAUAGAUUCCUUGUUACUUAACCUUCAUCUUGGGCCCCAUUACUUCUAUCUGGGGCUUCUGAAUGCUGUCCAUGAAACAAAAGUGUCCCUGUUAAGCCGACAAGCCACUUAUAGGUUAGUGUGCACCGGUUCAGGUUUGGUAUUUUGUCACGAGGUGUAUUAUGAGGCCGACUCCCUAUAUAUAUUCUUCGCGGCUGUCCAUAAAAAACCACCAUGGUUACUGCUUACGUCUUCAAUUACAGUCACUAUAUUUAACUUCUUUUUCUUCGUAAGGAUUGCUUACUCUGCGACCUGCGUGGUACCUGACUCAAUCACUCACUAGAACGUGUUCACGCGCGCGUGAGAUUCUGCGAUGCUCCUCUUGGUCAGUCAAUGUCUCCUGUUUCAUGAAGGAUUUGCACAGGCGAUGAAGUGAUCAGGAGACGUAUAGUUUACGUGCUGCGGAGUUCAUAGAAAUAUGACCACGCCAACCCUUACUGUUUUUCGCGCACAACGGUACCUGCACUUCUAUGUAUCAUAGAUUAUUUUCGUUCACCGGAAGGCCCGGUCGAGUAAGAGAGUUAAUGUUGGCAGCUGUGUUCAUACUGUAGUGCCGCACAAUGAAUUGCUAGUUCCGGAGCUGAGUGCACGAUGCGUUGUGGUUGAGAGUGCCAUAAAAUUCAAGGACUAUUUCCUUUCCUUUACUUUUUUUAUUUAGGCAUUGCACUAUUUUGAUUUCAGUGCGACAGUGCUGUCACCCCAUGUAUGUCUCACUAUAAUUGUUUUCGGCUCUUUGUGCAACAUGAAUUCAAAACGUGGCAGCGAAACUUUUCGCAAGUAUACUAACGCCCGGAAAGCUCUUCACUGCAAGAGACAGCACAUUUAUUUUAAGUAUGUGUCAAUUUAAUGACGUUUACGAGUGAUAUAUUGUGUAUAAGAUAAAAAGUAGUUUUUGGUGCUUGAGUGUCGUGUUUCUCUUAUCUUAAGCUAAUAAUACUGAAGUGAAUGGGCCCUUGUGUCACUGUAUUUCUUGUUUCUUCUCCAGCGUGAUCCAUCAUGCCGUUGGGACUCUAUACGCAGGUAAAAAGGAGUCGGCUACUGCUUCUACAAAAAUUCUGAUGUACUAUGUUGUUCUGUGUUAACUUUAUAAAGCUUUGCCCUUUACCUAGAUGUUUGCCCAUAUUGUACAUACAUCACGUUCAUGUUAUGCCUUGAAGUGUAAGUCUGUCCAAUCAAUGAUACGUGAGCACUAAAUGAUGGUCUCACGCAUCUCAGUAUACACACUAUGACAGCACGCAUUGACUCCAUUGCAACAUUUUUAACCCAAUGUUCAGAGAUUAUUGGCCUUGUGCUGUUAUAUUACAGCCGCUCGGCACAAUAUAAGUAAGUGUUAUCUGCUGUCUAUCACGAAGUUAUCUAUAACAAAGCGUGUUUAUCGUUUUGCCGUAUCCCAAUUGAUUGAACU